AUGACCAGACGGCCACCAGGCGCCACCUCCACCAGGAAUCCCAGGCCCAUCUGUCCCCGGGCGGCUGAGGCCGCGCCCUCCCCGGGGACCGUGUGCGGCCUGCUGCUCCUCAGUGUGCUCUGGGUGCACCUGGCCAGGCCGGGCUCCAGCCUCCUGAGCCCUGAACACCGGGAAGUGCAGCAGAGAAAGGAAUCCAAGAAGCCGGCAGCCAAACCGAAGCCCCGGGCCCUGGGAGGCUGGCUUGACGCAGAAGGCAGAAGUCAGGCGGAAGGCGCAGGGGACUAGCUGGAAAUCCAGCUGGGCGGCAGCCUGGACAGAAGUUUUCCUGAAAUCAAUCAAGUUUCACAGCUGGAAGCUUUAGAGACCAAGUUCCAGCCAUCCCCCACUGACCAGUUCAGCGCCCCCUCUGACGUUGGGAUCAAGCUGGCAGGGGCUCAGUCCCACCAGCACGGCCAGAACCUGGGGAAGUGUCUUCAGAACGUCCUUUGGGAAGACGCCAGCGGUAAAUCCUUUCUCCAGUUGCCUCGGAGUCCCAAUGUGAGUCCGCCUAUGGCGGAAGCCUCCGACGAGGUCUCAGGAAACGUCCUGUCCGGGUUUCCUCCAUCCCAGCGGGCUCUCAAACAUCCUCGAGCAGGACACACAGGCAGAGCUCACACGGCCUUUCUCCUGUCGGGCCGCUGGUCAUCCUGGAGGGCGGGGAAGAGAAAACGACGAAGGUUAAACCUGAGUUCACUCAAGACACACCAGGUUCAUUGCUCACCCUAUGUCUACAUGCUCUACAUUCAAAAAAUACAGCCAAAGUCAUUUUUGUCCUGGUUUUUAAAAACUAUGUAA